AUCCGACUAUUUAGAAUUGUAUUAAAUAUAAAUUUGAACGUAUAAUCAUUAAUCGUCUGAGUAUUGGUUGAAAACGAAGGGGAAGAAUCGAACAGUCACCUUGGACUCUGUUUAAUCUGCAUUGGAAAUCGUCUGAAUAUUUUGUUGAAUUCUCCCUUUAAAUCGUUUUCAAUUUCACUUCCCACUCCAAAAGGCACCUCUAAUGGCAGCCGAGUCAUAAUCAAACCACGGCUCUUCCCUCUCCGUCGACGAUAUAUACUUCUCUGCCCUUCACGAACACCAAUCCGUCUUCCCAAUCUCCGACGAAAUCUUCGCCGAAGAGUUACAGCUUCAGGAAUCAAUCGCUUCCUCCUUAUUCACUUCAACAAUAAUGUCCAAUAAACCAUCACCCAACCCCGAAUCUUCUGGUUCUGAAACCCUAUGCACAAUCUGCACCGGCACCAAAUCCGCCUCCGAAAUGUUCACAUCCACCGGCUGUUCCCAUACAUUCUGCGCCGAUUGCAUCUCUAAACACAUAGCCGCAAGGCUCGAGGAUUCCAUGGCGGUGAAAUGCCCAGAGCCAAAAUGCGCGGCGGUGCUGGAACCGGAAAUGUGCGAUUCGUUCGUUCCGAAAGAGGUGUUGGAGAGAUGGGGAGAUGCUCUGUUGAAGGCAAUGCUUCUGAAGUGGAAGAUGGUGUACUGUCCAUUCAAAGACUGCUUGGCAGGGAUGGUGGACAAGGAAGAUAGGGAGGCGGUCGAAUGCCCUAAAUGUUGGAGAAUGUUCUGCGCAAAGUGUGGAGUGGGAUGGCAUGGGGACAUGAACUGCACGGAGUUUCAGAGAUUGCUUAAGAACGGAGGAGUAGACAGAGAGGAGGUGAUGACAAUGAAACUGGCGGAUGAACGCAAAUGGAAGCGAUGCCCUCAUUGCAAGAUAUUAGUCGAGAAGAUCGAAGGUUGCCUCCAUAUUACCUGCAGGUGCGGAUCGGAAUUUUGCUACAGCUGUGGAGCUAAGUGGAAUGGCCACCAUGCAUGUCCGCCCCCAGCUUAUGAACGUACGGUCUAUCGUCGUUGACUUGCACCCGCCGGUCGU